UUAUAAAGAAGCCCACCAAAACCCAACCUACAGAAAGCAGCAGCAUCUCUUGCUACCCUGCCACAAUUCACAAUCCAUGGCCAAUCCCAAGUCCCUUCUCACUCUAACCUCUUUCUUCUCUCUCUUCCUUCUAACCCUCUCCUCCAAACUCACCCUCCCUCUCUCCCCAUUGCCCAACCACCCAUCUUCAGAUCCACUCCAAGCCCUCAGCUUCCAUGCCUCUGCCUCCAUUUCCAGAGCCCACCACAUCAAAAACUCCAGAAAACUCAACUCUUCUCUCACUGAAGUCCCUCUCUUUGCUCACAGCUAUGGUGACUACUCAGUCUCCCUCAACUUUGGGACACCCCCACAAACCUCUUCCUUCAUUAUGGACACAGGAAGCAGCCUUGUUUGGUUCCCCUGCACCAAACGCUACAUUUGCUCCAGAUGCCAAUUCCCAAACAUCAACCCAGCAAAAAUUCCAACUUUCAUGCCCAAACUCUCCUCCUCAUCCAAAAUCGUUGGCUGCCAAAACCCCAAAUGUGGUUGGAUUUUUGGCCCAGAAGUCAAUUCCAAAUGCCCAAAUUGCAACAACAAGAGUCCCCAAAACUGCUCGCAACCCUGCCCAACUUACAUAAGCCAGUACGGUUCAGGCGCCACAGUUGGGAUUUUACUUUCCGAGACACUCGAUUUUCCCGAGAAAAUUGUUCCGGAUUUUCUCGUCGGCUGCUCUUUCUUCUCGAUCCGCCAACCCGCUGGGAUUGCUGGGUUUGGCCGCGGACCACAAUCGCUGCCUGCCCAAAUGGGCCUCUCCAAAUUCUCCUACUGCUUAGUCUCUCACAGAUUCGACGACACCCCACAAAGCAGCGACCUUGUCCUCUACAGCAGCAGCUCAAGCUCUGAAGAAGAACCCACCAUCGCUGAAAGCCAGAGAAACAAAACCAAACUUCAAAGCUUGAGCUCCACCCCAUUUCAGAAAAACCCAGGUCCUCCGAACUCCGCUUUCCGCGAAUACUAUUACAUCAUGCUCAGAAAAGUCAUUGUGGGCAACAAGAACGUCAAAAUCCCCUACAAGUUUCUGGUUCCUGGAGCUGACAGCAGUGGCGGCACCAUAGUCGACUCAGGCUCGACCUUCACGUUCAUGGAGAAGCCGGUUUUCGAACCCGUGGCCAAAGAGUUCGAAGCCCAGAUGGCGAAUUACACAAGAGCCAAGGACUUGGAAAACAAAACGGGCUUAAGGCCCUGCUUCGACAUUUCAAAGGAGAAGAAACUUGACUUCCCAGAAUUGGUCUUCCAAUUCAAAGGGGGUGCCAAGAUGGAAUUGCCAUUGACGAAUUAUUUCUCUCUGGUUUCAAGCUCGGGCGUUGUGUGCUUGACCAUUGUUACAGAUGGGGUUGUAGGUCCAGGCGGUAAUGGUGGACCUGCGAUUAUUUUGGGCAAUUAUCAGCAGCAGAAUUUUCUUGUGGAGUAUGAUUUGGAGCAUGAGAAGUUUGGGUUUCGAAAACAGAGUUGCAAAUAAAAGCUGCCCAUUUUGCAGUUUUUUACUGUAGAGAAAAUAAGAGGUGCACAAAUUUACUGCGGUGACUUGACAACGAUGACAAGAAA